CGAGGCUACAGGUUUGAUGACGGUCGGAAAGCGACUCGCUCUCGCACUGCGGAGAGCCGUACGCGACGUGUGGGAAAGAACCGAACCGCGUCAGCACGAUGUAAUGAGAGAAAGGAUAUUGUGGUCGUUUAGUGGCAAAGAGAGCAUCGAACAUUGGUCAUGUGUGUCAGACAGAGAUGUGAAGGGGAUGUCAGAAUGUAAAUUAGAAACAACACCUAGUGGUACCGCUUUGUUUCAUGGAAACUUGUCAUCGACUUUACCAGCAGACGGGCAAGUUAAAUAUUCUGGAUACACCGCUAUCAGAUCACCGCCAUACAAGAAUGCACUGGGCCAGGUUGAACUAUUCGACUUGUCUCAUUAUGAUGGUUUGGAAUUUCGUGUCAGGGGUGAUGGGCGUAAAUUCACUGUCAACAUUCAGACAGAAGAUUACAUCAAAGACGAUCUCUACCAGGCAUUUCUCAUCACUAGAGGUGGCCCUUUCUGGGAGGAAAUACAACUGUCAUUUGACUCGUUUAUUUUGACUAAUCGAGGUUAUGUACAAGACUUCCACAUUAAGUUUGCACCUCAAAAAGUGAGAACAAUAGGAGUAUUACUUGCUGACAAAACAAACGGACCGUUUCAACUGGAGAUUGAUUAUAUUAAAGCAGUUGAGAUGCCGAGUUUGAGGAUAAAGAGUGACCCCGGUCAAUGGUCACGAAUGGACAUGCCUCAUUUCUGAAAGAGUAAUGUCUAAAAUGGCAACAAGAUUUAUGUAUGAAUUUGUAUAUGGCUAUUGCUGUGGCAGAUAUGUCAGAGAGUUAAUUAGUAAUUAGCAGAGCUAUAACAUUAUAGCACAAUAAUAACAGUACGUUUUGAACAUUUCAGUCAGUGGACUUUUGUCAGUAAAUUGUUAUACGUAACCAAAGGUCCAUGGACUGAAAUGUUUUGAAAAUACUGUUUUCAUUGUGCUGUCUGUUAUACUGUAACUCUACUAAUUAAUUAAGUCUCUUACAGGAUUUGUGCACAUAUACAAGAUUUGUGUAUAUGCAUGUAGCUCACUUUACAACUGCAUGUGCAUGCCAGCUCAUUCUGGAGGAUAUAUUAAUCUCAUUCAACAGUAGUGAAUGUUUUACAAUGAUUUCCAAUUACCAGGUAUAACAAAUUACAAGUUACCAUUGAGGAGAGUGUA